AUGUUUCAUGAGUUUCUAUAAGAGUUGGGUACAUUGAAAAAUGCAGAACUUCCUUUUCCUUUCCGUAACUAAUUCAAAAUAAAAGAGAAUUUUAUUAAUCCAAAUAGUAAACAUUUCGAGUCUAUUGCUUAAAAGUUACUAAAAUCAUUUAUACUUAUAUAGAUUAUUAUCAGAAGAGAAGGCAGGUAUUAAACGUAAAUGGGAUAAAUAAUGUAAGAUGAUGUUUAUAUGGAUAUUGGGUAAAUUCUUUUAACUCAAAAACAAAAAGACAAUUAACCCAAAUUAAGAGGAAUGGAUUUAAUUGGCUUCAAUUCUUUAAAUUGAUGAAAUUACACUUAAAUAAAGAUGGAUCACAUUAAUCAAUCCUGUUUCUAAGAGUAUUAAUUGGGAUCCAGAAGAAGAUGAAAUUAUUAAAUCACUUAUGCAGUGAGUUUAUUAAUAUCUAUAUAGUGAACAAGAUGAAAAACAUAUAUGGACACAUAUUGCAUUAGAAUUGUAUAAUCAAAAUAAUGGAUAAUUUAUUAGAACACCUAAAUAAGUUAGAGAGAGAUGGAUGAAUUAUUUAAAUCCCAAACUUAAAAAGUAAUCUAAAUUAAUUUAUUAAAUAGAACUAAUUGGAGUCAGUAAGAAGAUCUUUAAUUAUUAAAUACAGUUGUUAAAAAUGGAAAGAGAUGGUCACUCAUAUCUACUUUAUUAGAUGGUAGAACUGAAAAUUAAGUUAAAAAUAGGUAUAACUCAACUCUUUAUUUAUUUAGAUUCAAAAGUUUAAUUUAAAAAAUAUAUAAAGAUGAAGAAGAUGAUGAUAUUGAAGAAUUAUAAGCUAUUAAAGAAUAUUUGAAUAAAUAAAACAUUGAAGAAGAAGAAUAAGAAUAAUAACCUUUAAAGCAAGAACCAUAAAUUAGAACUUAAUAUUCAAGAUAAGCUAAAUAAAAAUUUAAUCUUAGAGACAAAACCAAAGAUAAACCUUAAGAAACUCCUCCUCUUUAAAAUUAAGAAAUCUUAAUUAAAAAAAGAAAAAUUAGUUCACAAAUCAAAGAUUUUCUUAAUAUUGGUCCUGAUCCUGUCAUUUAAUAAUCAAAAAAGGUACAAUAAACUUAAAAACCUAAAUAAAAGGAAAUCUAAUAACAAUAAUAAUAAUAAUAAUAACAAUAAUAAUAAUAAUAAUAAUAAUAAUAAUAAUAUUAAUAACCAAUUAUCAGAUAAAAAUAGGAAUAAGUAAUCAAUAAAUACAAUGAAGAUUAAUUAUUGGAAUAAUCAUCCUUUUAACUUGAUCAAUAAUAAAAAAUUCUGUCUCAACAAUAUUAAAUAGCAUAACUAUAAUUAAAUGAAAAUAAUAAAAGAGAAUUAUCAACACCAAAUACAUUGUCUUAUUAUUUCUAACCAUAAUUAUAAUAAAUUGAAGAAUUGAAGAAUGAACAAAUUAGAUUGAAAUAAGUUUAAAUGUCUCCAAUUCAAUAAUAAUAGAAUCAAGUUCUUUAUUAAGGAUUUCGUCCAUAUCAAGAAGAAAUCUCUUAAUAAAUUUAAUAGACUCCUGUUCAAAUGUUGAUGGGAUAAUAUUUUAAGAAUUAUCCAUCUAAUUAUAACUUAAUAUCCCCUUUUCCUUAAAUGAAUUAAACACCUAUGGUUUAUACACCUGCAUAACCGAUGUAUAUGUACAAUAACAACAAUAAUAAUUAUAUGGGUAUGUCACCUUUACUCAUUCACAGUCCAUAUCAAGAAAUGUCUCCUAGUGUUUAGCCUUAGUAAGCACCACCAUAAUAGAAUAUGUGGUAAACUCCACUUUAAACAACUAUCGAUUAAAUUUAAAGUGAUUAAUUAAAGCAAUAAUAAUUUGUAAUUAUUUUUAUGCUAAAUAGAAUACAAAUUUAGAAUUUCUAAAAUCAAAUAACUUACUUAAUACCUGGAUUUAAAAAAGAACAAAUGAAAAAUAAAAUUAACCAUUCUAUGACUCAUUACAAUCACUUGAUUAAUGA